AUGCCCAUUCCGACACGAUAGAGAUAGUUUAUCUAACGGCCACACAUGGCCUUCUUCACCUCCAGCCCUUUGCAGCAUCAGAAGCAACUCUACUCAUUCACUCUCUGUAAGUGUCCAUGGACUCUUAAUUCCUUCAAUUUCCAUUUUCCAUCUCAUCUCCUCACUUUCUCACAUCCCAAACACUUACUCCAACUAUGUUUCUCACCACUUCUUGUAGUUAAAGCACACACUACCAAGUUAUCUAGCACAGAACAAGAACUCUCAAAUAAACUCAUGAAUCAUACAACAGAUAAACAAACUGUUUCUGGGUUUUCUCAUUCUAGGCUAAAGAACAAAUGGGUAUGCAAAAAGCCUAGGAAAAAGAAUGAAAAUUUUGAAAAGAGCGCACACACAGGGGAGAGAAUAGACUCUAGGAAAAGGAGAGAAAUGGGUUCUGGGUUUUCUUCUAUGAGCUCUAAAGAUGAAAAUUUAGUGCGAAAAUUGACAGAAACUAUUGAAGGCAUAUUAGUUAAUGAAAAGGAGGAUAAGUAUUCCAAGAAGGGUUUUGAUAAGAAGAAGAGGGUGGAGAAGAUGGCAAAGGGGGCCAAGAAAAGUAAGGUCGAUUCGCCGGGGUUUAGAUUGAGGAUUGCGUUGGAUAUGUGCUCCAAGAAAGGGGAUUUCAUGAGUGCACUUAAACUGUUUGAUUUGGCUGAGAGAGAAGGUAUCGAGAUGGGACAGUACCAUUAUACUGUACUCUUGUAUCUUUGUUCUUCUGCAGCUACCGGUGUUGUUCGUCCUGCAAAGAGCGGGAGUGGCAGUCGGAGUUUGAGUACUGUGAAUUCCGAAGAUUUGGAUGAAGUUGGGGAGGUUUGUAAGGCCAAUUUUCAUAAUGCUGAAUCAAAUAUUUCAAUAUCAGAUGAUGGGUUGUUGGUUGAAUCCAUUGACCAUCAUUCUAUAAAUUUGGAUAGAGUAGAGUUGGAUUCUAAUGGGUUUCAAAGCGAAGUAGGAAAUGACACCAAUGGAGUUGCAAAAGCAAAUCCUGAAGUUAUAGAUGGGAGGAUUCAUCUAAAUGGUGAUUAUGAUUUAAAAACUAUCAAAGAUGGUAACAACCUGGAAAAUUAUGAAAUUCGGGUGAGUGAAGAUUUCAAGAAGUAUGCAAUCCAGAGAGGAUUUGAAAUUUAUAAGAAAAUGUGUUUGGAAAAGGUCCCAAUGAAUGAAGCAAGCUUGACAUCUGUUGCUAGAAUGGCUCUUGCGAUGGGUGAUGGUGACAUGGCAUUUGAUAUGGUAAAGCAAAUGAUGGCAUUGGGGAUAAACCCUAGAUUGAGGUCAUAUGGUCCUGCUCUAUCGGUCUUUUGCAAUUGUGGAGAUAUUGACAAAGCGUUUGCUGUUGAAGAACACAUGUUGGAGCAUGGUGUCAAUCCAGAAGAGCCUGAACUGGAGGCACUCUUAAGAUUAAGUAUAGAAGCGGAUAGAAGUGACAAGGUUUAUUAUUUGUUACAUAAACUUAGAACCGGUGUAAGGAAGGUCUCAACAUCUACUGCUGAUUUACUCGGAAAAUGGUUCAAGAGCAAAGUAGCUUCAAAAGUAGGGAAAAGAAAUUGGGAUAAAAGAUUAGUAAGGGAAGCAAUUGCAAAUGGCGGUGGAGGCUGGCAUGGGCAAGGUUGGUUGGGUAAAGGGAAAUGGAACGUUACACGCACGUUUGUUGGGGAUGAUGGCUUGUGCAAGUGCUGUGGUGAAAAAUUGGCAACAAUUGACCUUGAUCCUAUAGAAACCGAAAAGUUUGCUGAAUCAGUUGCAUCUUUAGCUACACAAAGAGAGAAAAAUUCAAGCUUCGAGAAAUUCCAAAAAUGGCUUGACUACUACGGACCGUUUGAAGCAGUGGUAGAUGGAGCAAAUAUUGGGCUUUUCACCCAAAGGAAAUUCAAACCAUCCAAGGUAAAUGCCGUUGUGAAUGGAAUUCGUCAACUGCUUCCUUCAAAGAAGUGGCCACUCAUUGUGUUGCAUAACAGGCGUGUCACCGAUGACAAUAUGAAUAAACCAGUAAAUAAGGCACUUGUUGAGAAGUGGAAGAAUGCUGAUGCACUCUAUGCGACACCUACUGGAUCAAAUGAUGAUUGGUACUGGUUGUAUGCAGCUAUAAAGUUCAAGUGCUUACUCGUGACUAACGAUGAGAUGAGAGAUCAUUUAUUUCAACUUCUGGGGAAUGAUUUCUUCCCCAAAUGGAAAGAAAGGCAUCAAGUUCAUUUCCGCUUUUCUGAUACUGGUCCAAUGUUCCACAUGCCGCCUCCUUGUUCCGUUGUAAUUCAGGAGUCAGAGAAAGGCCAUUGGCAUAUUCCAAUUGUUUCCGAGCAUGACUAUGAAGGGGAAAGAACAUGGUUAUGCGUUACGCGUGCUAACUCAGCUGGGGCAACACUAGUUUCUUCCACCAAACGUGAAGAAUCACAAUCUCCAGUCCUUCACAAGAAAGGACUUGCAAGCUCAGAUACUCAAACCAAAACUGAGUCAAAGCUAACCCCAAUGGAUCAAAGCAACUACUACAACUCUAGACACCUGCCUCAAGAAACUUACAGGAACCUCAGAAAUAUAUUGUCGACAACCAUGUUCUCAAAGCAUCCAACAAUCCUGCCAGAUAUUGAGGCUGCAGAGAAGCUCGGUGGCUGUGUUAUUGAUUUUGACAUAUAAAGUAAACAGCUAAGACGUUCAGAAGCUUGAAUUACGCUUGCUGGAUCUUGUAUAUUCUUUCAUUUCAGCCCCUGCAGCGUCCCUAAAGACAAUUAUGAAGUUGAAACUUUUAUGGUUUCCAGAUGCAGAACCUGUUCUGCUCUCUUGGCGUUCAGUUUACUUUGAUAGGAUUAAGCAGACAAAAUUCAACCUUUAUGCUGUCUAAGGUCGGGGAUUUGUUCUGCGUUGUCCCCAGUUACGCAUGGGUGGGAGCGAAGAAGGCCGGCUUCCUAUACCUUAGUUGAGUAUUCUGCUUCCUUCUCCAUUUUUUUCAUAUAUGUAAUGUAUGCAUAUAUUUUUAAAGCUCUUCUUCAAAAAAUGCAGUUUUUUAAUCUUUUAUUUUUGCCCUUUAGUUAGCUGAUUAAGGAUUGUUGGACUAAAAGACCAUAAAAUAUUAAAAUUGUGAAGGGCAAAAAAAAAAUGUCAACUAAAAACAAAGAAAAGCAGCUUAAAAAGUUAUUUGUCAAUUAAGUUUCCUUUUUCUCAUCUCUAGUGAAUAUCUUAAAUUUUAAUCUCCAUAAAAAUGGAAGAAAUUUUUUAAAAAUAUCACUAAAAAAGAAAAAUCUGAUUAAAAAAAUUAUUUUCGAACAAUAACAAAUGUGUAUCCUAACAAACAUUUCUGAAGCCACCACUACCUUCAUUGUGUAUACUUUUAUGUGCAAUAUGAUUUUAUAUAUCCAUUUUUAGCUUCUAUGAUGGUUCUUAACUUUGUACUGAAAUAUUUGUGUAAUUUUGACUUUUUGAGAUGCAAUCUUUCUUUAGAUGCUCAAGGAGGUUCUGAUCCAUAUCAUUUUCACAUUGUUUGUCUCUCUGAAUUAUAACUUUCGCUGAGCUGAAAGAAAGAACAAUAGAUUUUUGGUGUAUUUUAAGCAAUGUUGGUAUUGGUCACUGUUUUA